GCUUUUGUCAGAAGUGUUCACUCAGGUGUUGGCUACCCACAGUGACAACAUCUGUGUGUCUUGUGUGUCUGCGGCAUCUGUAGCAUCAUGUGUCUGAGUGCAUCUGUUCAGCAGAUGUGGGAGAGGAUGGCAUCUCUGCCAGUGAUGGUGGUGGUCAGCGUGGCCCUCGUCUCAUCUGUGAUGGCAGCAGGCUGUCGUGCGCCGUUCGUGCAGCAGGUGGAUGAGUCGUGUUUACACGUGGUGGUGUCGUACCAGCUGAACAACCAAGGGGCGCCCGUGUCGUGGGCGGGGGCGCGGUCGUCGUGUCGCAAGGUGGGCGGUGACCUGGUGGUCCUGGACUCACACGAGAAACUGCAAGUCCUCUCACGCUACCUGGACACGGUAUUACCAGAGGAGACCAAGGCUGGUUACAUCUACUGGGUCGGAGGUUACCGUGUUGGACGGAAGCGGUGGCGUUGGGUUGACGGUAGCUUAGUUGACCUCAAGUCUCACAUAUGGACACCCAGCAGACCAACCCAAGACAAUGUAGACCGGUUCACCAUUCUGGUACCGGUGGAUCAGGUCCACCACCGACGGUACCUUCUUGAUUACGAGACCAGCAGUCGCGGACCCGGGUUCGUCUGUGAGUGGAAGGAACGAAACACCAGUGACUCAUCUGAAGAGAGAAGUGACUUCUUGUAGUUUUCUGUGUGACCUGGGCGGACUAUCUAACUUUGAGAGACUGGGAUAGAUAGAAACACCUACAAUAAAUGGAAACACCACGAUAGAUAGAAACAUCUACAACAGUCUACAAGCACAAAUUUAUUUUGGUGUUGUAUCAUUU